AUGAUUUAGAAGAAAUGUCCAAAGUUUGUUAGUAAACUAUUUAAUAUUUUGGAGGUAACUUUUAAUCAUUAUUUAGAAUGAACUAAGUGAUACCAUUAAUUGGAAUGAAGAUGGAGAUGCUAUUUUAAUUAAUGAUAUUGACAAAUUGGUUAAAACAGUCUUAAGUGUUCAUUACAAAUAAUCUAAUUUUUUAAGUUUCUCAAGGUAAUGAUAGUCUAUUUCUUCUCAGAUAAUUGAACCAAUAUGGAUUUCAAAAAUAAAGGAUUGGAAAAAAAACAUAUGUAUUUAAACAUCCUUACUUCAACAAAAAUAAAAAGUAACUAUUUGAAAUUAUAAGAGGGAAGAUCUUAUUAAUAUUGUGAGUUCCCAUAAAAUUAAAUCAUUCAAAAUUUAACAAUAGGAAUGUGAUGAUGAUAAUCUCGUUAAUAUUAAUGAAUAAAAUUCUUUAGCAACAACUAUAAAAAAACUUUAAAAUUAAUAGAAGGUUAUUUAUUAACAAUUUUCAGAAUAAAUUGAAUUAUAAUCUCAAAUUAAAUAAAUCAUUAUAUUUCUUAAAAAAGUAAUACUCAUAAUAUAACAUAGAGAAUUUAUGAAUGUGAUCAAACAAUUGAUAAUUAUUGUUUUAUAGCAUAAUUACAUUUAGUAAAAGCUAUGAAUUUAAUUCCAAAUGAUGAAGAACACUAAUAAGAAAUAGAAUUUAUUAAGUAAAUUUUAGAAUAGUUUUCAAAUAUAUAUAUGGAAUAUAAUGAUUAAAAUCCAAUUAGUUAAAGAAGCUAUAAUUUAUCAAUAAGAUCUCGUACACCUCUACCGUUUUAUUAAUAUGAAUAAUAAAAUUAAUAACCAACUGGACUUAUUGACUAAAAGAAUACAUAAUUAAAAUAAAAUAUAGCCAAUUAUUUGAUAUGGUUAUAAUAAUGGUAUUAAGAAGCAUUAUAACUUUAUGGAAAUUUAAAAUGA